UGGCCGGCGGAGCGCGCGAAGCGCAGGGUUCGCGCGUCACCCGCCUAGGCGGAGGGGUGGGGCCGAGUGCGCGCGCGGCGCGGGCGGGGGAGGGGCGGCGGGAGCGCGCCCGCGCGCCCGUGUUGCUGUGACUGUGCUGCUGGUCCCGUCUGUGCAGGUGGCGGAGGCGGCGGCUGCUCCAGACACCCGACCGGCCGGCGCGGAGAUGUGGCCCUUGGCGGCGACGCUGCUGCUGGGCUCUUGGUGCUUUGGUUCAGCUCAACUCCUAUUAAAUAAGACCAAAUUUGUAGAAUACACCAUUUGUAAUGAAACUGUUGUCAUCCCAUGCUUUGUUAUUAAUGUCGGGGCGCAAAGCACAAAGGAAGUGUUUGUAAAGUGGAAAUUUAAUGGAACAUAUAUUUUCAUCUAUGAUGGAAAUAAAAACAUUUCUACUGCAAACCUGAACUUUUCAAGUGCAAAAAUCGCAGUCUCAAAAUUACUAAAAGGAGACGCCUCUUUGAAGAUGAGUAAGGAUGAUGUGAAAGUAGGAAACUACACAUGUGAAGUAACAGAAUUAACCAGAGAAGGAGAAACAAUCAUAGAAGUAAAGUAUCGUAUGGUUUCAUGGUUUUCUCCAAAUGAAAAUAUUCUCAUUGUUAUUUUCCCAAUUUUGGCCAUACUUCUGUUCUGGGGACAAUUUGGUAUUUUAACACUUAAAUAUAAGUCCAAUUGUACAAGUACGAAAAUCAUUCUUUUACUUAUUGCUGGACUACUGCUCACUAUAAUUGUCAUCGUUGGAGCCAUUCUUUUCAUCCCAGGAGAAUAUUCAAUAAAGAAUUCUUUUGGACUUGGUUUCAUUGUAAUUUCUACAGGGAUAUUAAUAUUACUUCAGUACAAUGUGUUUAUGACAGCUUUUGGGAUGACCUCUUUCACCAUCGCCAUACUGAUCACUCAGGUGCUGGGCUAUGUACUUGCUGUGGUUGGACUCUGUCUCUGUGUCACAGCAUGUGUGCCAGUACAUGGUCCUCUUCUGAUUUCAGGUUUGGGUAUCAUAGCUCUAGCGGAAUUACUUGGACUAGUUUAUAUGAAAUUUGUGGCCUCCAAUCAGAGGACUAUACAACCUCCUAGGAAAGCUGUAGAGGAACCCCUUAAUGCAUUUAAAGAAUCAAAAGGAAUGAUGAAUGAGGAAUAACUGAAGCAAAAUGAUGAACUCUGAUUUGGGGAGUCAAGAUGUGAAGGAAUACACUUGUGUUUAAGCACCAUGGCCUUUGAUGAUUCACUGGUGGGAAGAAGAAGAAAAAAAGUAACUGGUGUUCAUCUGUGGGAAAAAAGUCAUUGACCCAUAAAUGAUUAUUCCAGUUUUUAUUCAAAGCAGCUGUAAUUUAGUUAAUAAAAGAAGUAUGAUCUGUGUUUUGUGCCCAAUUGA